AAAUGUUACUAGUAGUAGUAGAUUGCUUGCUUCCUCUGCUCUCCGUCUCGCCUCGCCGCCCAUGGCCGCACCACCCGCACCUCCACCUCAGCAGCACGACGACGACAGCUUCCGCUACCUGUCGGGUCUGGGCAACAGCUUCUCGUCGGAGGCGGUGGCGGGGUCCCUCCCGCGCGGCCAGAACAGCCCGCUCCUCUGCCCGCUGGGCCUCUACGCCGAGCAGCUCUCCGGCACGCCCUUCACCGCCCCGCGCGCCCGCAACCUCCGAACAUGGCUGUACCGGACGAAGCCUUCUGUGACCCACGAGCCCUUUCACCCCCGCCGCCCCGCCCACCGCCGCCUCAUUGGGGAUUUCGACCGCACCACCACCGUCGCCACACCCACGCAGCUGCGCUGGCGCCCCGCCGACGUGCCCCACGAUCCGCCCCUCGAUUUCAUCGAUGGUCUCUACACCAUCUGCGGCGCUGGUAGCUCCUUCCUGCGCCACGGCUACGCCAUCCACAUGUACGCUGCUACCAAGUCCAUGGACGGAUGCGCCUUCUGCAACGCCGACGGCGAUUUCCUCAUUGUCCCCCAGCAAGGAAAGCUGUUGAUCACAACUGAAUGUGGGAAGCUGCUUGUCCCACCUGGUGAAAUUGUCAUCAUUCCCCAGGGUUUUCGCUUUGCUGUUGACUUGCCUGAUGGUCCUUCGCGGGGCUAUGUUUCUGAGAUUUUCGGUACCCACUUUCAGCUCCCUGAUCUUGGCCCAAUUGGUGCUAACGGCUUGGCCUCGGCAAGGGAUUUCCUUUCCCCCACAGCAUGGUUUGAGCAAGCACACCGCCCUGGAUACACAAUUGUGCAGAAAUAUGGUGGUGAGCUAUUCACUGCCACACAGGACUUUUCUCCAUUUAACGUGGUUGCUUGGCAUGGAAAUUAUGUCCCUUACAAGUAUGACCUCAGUAAAUUCUGCCCCUUUAACACUGUUUUAUUCGAUCAUGCUGAUCCAUCAGUAAAUACAGUGCUGACUGCACCAACCGAUAAGCCUGGUGUCGCUUUGCUUGAUUUUGUGAUAUUCCCACCUAGAUGGUUGGUCGCGGAGAACACAUUCCGCCCUCCAUACUAUCAUCGCAAUUGCAUGACCGAAUUUAUGGGAUUGAUCUAUGGGAUAUACGAGGCCAAAGCGGAUGGUUUUCUUCCUGGAGGUGCUAGCCUUCACAGUUGCAUGACACCACAUGGUCCAGACACCAAGACAUACGAGGCAACAAUCAGCCGUCCUGAUGCCAAUGAGCCAUCAAAGCUAAGUGGCACGCUGGCAUUCAUGUUCGAGUCUGCACUCAUCCCCCGGGUUUGCCAAUGGGCCCUUGAUUCCCCAUCUCGGGAUCUCGAUUACUACCAGUGCUGGAUUGGAUUGAAAUCGCACUUCUCACAUGACAAAGGACAAGCAACAACCGAAGAAGAGCCUGCAGACUAGGAUGAUAGAAAGUCGUAGUAGCUCCGAUCAGUUCGUAACUUAUGAUGUUCUCUAUGAAUAUUUCAUCAGGCAGUAACUGAAUUGUCGCCCAGAUGGGUGUAAGUAAAGUCAACAAUGCACAUCAGAUUGUACAAUCAAUCGUGUGUAUAUAUCAUAUCAGAAGCAAGAAUGCCAAUUUCAAUAAGAGAGGAGCAAGCAUGAAGAGAAGCUAGUGUUAUUGGUGUGCCUGUUAUUGAGGUUGUGUUUGUUCCUUUGGAUUGGAUGGGAGAUGAUGACACUUAAUUCGCGUAAAUAUGUACUCCCCUUGUCCUAUGGUGAUUAAAUAGAACCAGGGAUUUACUUAUCGUUUCAUAAGCUAAAAUAAUGGGUCUCUCUACGAUACAUUUUACUGAUAAUAUUAUACUACUAGCAGAACUAAUCUCAUCUGUUGAUUUAGAAGGGUAUUUUUGUAUUUUGUUAAUUGAUUAAUUAGUAGCA